CAGACGGAAGCGGAAGUGUCGGUGACGCGCGAGUAGGAAGAGGUGAUUCCUGGAGUAGAGAUGGCUGCUCUUGCACCCCUGCCCCCGCUCCCCCCACAAUUUAAGAGCAUACAGCAUCAUCUGAGGACCGCUCAGGAGCAUGACAAGCGGGACCCUGUGGUGGCCUAUUACUGUCGUUUAUAUGCUAUGCAAACUGGAAUGAAGAUUGAUAGUAAAACUCCUGAAUGUCGUAAAUUUUUAUCAAAGUUAAUGGAUCAAUUAGAAGCUCUUAAGAAACAGUUGGGUGAUAAUGAAGCUAUUACUCAAGAAAUAGUUGGUUGUGCUCAUUUGGAGAAUUAUGCUUUGAAAAUGUUUUUGUAUGCAGACAAUGAAGAUCGUGCUGGGCGAUUUCACAAAAACAUGAUCAAGUCCUUCUAUACUGCAAGCCUUUUAAUAGAUGUCAUAACCGUAUUUGGAGAACUCACUGAUGAAAAUGUGAAACACAGAAAAUAUGCAAGGUGGAAGGCAACGUAUAUCCAUAAUUGUUUAAAGAAUGGAGAGACUCCUCAAGCGGGCCCUGUUGGAAUUGAAGAAGAUAAUGAUGUUGAGGAAAAUGAAGAUGCUGGAGCAUCCUCCCUGCCCACACAGCCGCCUCAGCCAUCAUCAUCAUCAUCAUCUUAUGACCCAUCCAGCAUGCCUUCAGGCGGCUAUACUGGAAUACAGAUUCCUCCAGGUGCACAUGCUCCAGCAAAUACUCCAGCAGAAGUGCCUCACAGCACAGGUGUAACGAGUAAUACUAUCCAACCUACUCCACAGACUAUUCCAGCCAUUGAUCCUGCACUGUUUAGUACAAUUUCCCAGGGGGACGUCCGUCUAACUCCAGAGGACUUUGCUAGAGCUCAGAAAUACUGCAAAUAUGCUGGCAGUGCUUUGCAGUAUGAAGAUGUAAGCACUGCUGUACAGAAUCUCCAGAAGGCUCUCAAGUUACUGACUACAGGCAGAGAAUGAAGCCUUUGUACGACAGAUCUGUGUAUUUUUGGCAUAAGGAACUACCAGUCCAUUACUUUAUCUUCAGCCUAUCAGGAGCACACUUUUAAGAAAGACUUCAAUUCCAUUGAAAAUGACAGUGAAAUCUGUGUGUGUCUAAUUCCUAUUGAAGCACUCAGCAACAGCCUCUGCCAGUUUUCAUUUAUUCUAGUAAACAAGUCUUGAGUUCCUAGGGUCGAUGUUAUCACUGUCCCCAAAAUGCCCAUUGCACUGGUUCGUCCUUCCAAAAAUGAAAACAUACUCUGUGAAAUUUUAUUGGGAAUAAGUUUUCCUAAUUUACUUACAUUAAGGGUAUUUUUUUAAGUCUAUACUUGGACACACAAACCAUAUUUCUUUGCUAUAAAAUUCUAAAUUUAACUUAAAAAGAUUUCCAGAUUUCUAGAUUAGAGAUUGUUUUUGUUCUCUUCAAGGUUAAUAAAACAAAUAUGAACAUCUAAAAAUAUUAGAUGAGUCCAAGAGAUUAUAUUAAAAACUCAAAUUAUUUUCAUGUUAGAUAUAAAUACGUUAAAAAUUUAAGACUUCAAGGAAGGAAAUGUAAGUUUGAAAAGUAGAAUGACUUUUAAAGAAUAAAAUUGGUUUCCCUGAUGCAUUUAAGUGUAAGGUGAAUUGGUGUUUGUUUUUUAGGCAGUUUGACUGCAUGUAUUAGAAAAUGGGGGGGGGGGGGAUGUAGCCUGGAAACUUGGUGCUUUAAAUUAAGGUUCUCUGCUGUUGUGGGAUGGAAUCCACAGAGUGUAUGGAUGGAAUGAUGCAGAAAAUUAUAGGACUUUAGGUUCUUGGUUUUAAGUUGAUAAUUUUGUGAGGAAUUAUGGACUUACUAUAUCACCUCCUACAUUUGUGCUAUGAAAAAAAUAAAUACAAGGAUUCUUUUAACUAGUUCAACUUAUUACAAAGCCAAAUGUCUGUUUUGAUUUGUGUGGUAGAUUCGUUGUUUUUUUUUUUUUUUUUAAGUAUUUAUAUUUAGAUACAGGAAUAUAGAUAUUUCUUUAGUAAGAAAAAAAAAUUUUUAAUGAAUUUGACAAAUUUACCAGAAAUUUAUCUGGUCAAUCUCAUUUAUGCUACUUGGAUCGUAAUCUUUUAACUUAGGGGUCAGCAAGCUGUGGCCCCUGGGCUAUUCACAUUGUUGUGUUAAGAAUUUAUUGCAAUAAAACCAUCCUUAUUCAUUUUUUUGAUCUGUGGUUGCUCACCACAACUACAGAGUUUGGAGCCUGCAAAAGGUUUGCUGACAUCUAAUCUAACUGCCCAUUUGAAAGAAAAUAAAUCACUAACUCAUAAUUAUCUGUCGGCUUUUUCCUGCGUAAAUGUGAUGCUUGCCUUUGUACAGGGUUGGUAGAAUAAAUAUUCAAACUUAAUGAACUAUUCUAAAUAAUCACCCAAAAAAAUCCCCAAAAAAACUUACCUCUGGAAAAACGUUCUCAGAUUUUUCAUAAGAUAUGUAGACAUUUGUAGUUAAGCAUUUGCAUCUGGAAAUCUAGUAUAGUUGUGUAGGAUAUCAUUGUAAUUAAAAACUGGUCAGGGUGACCUUUUUAAAAGAUGUAAACACAUUUUAAUUCAAACCUCAACAAGUUUGCACUCUACAAGGUCAAACUUGCCCCCUAUUUGACACCCUUGUUGGUUCCCAGUGGGGAGAGCACAUGGAGAGGAGGAGACAUCAUGGAAACCAUGAAGUCCACUGAGUAGCCAGAUCUUUGGUGCAGCAGAGACCCUUUCUGUAAAAUGGAAAUGACACCAUUAGCCACCUCAGAGUUUUAUUAUAAUAAUAAUAAUACAUGAAGUGCUUAGCACCUGGUAGCAUUCCAUAAGUGUUUAUCAUUGUUCAUUUUAAUGCUAUAGUAAUGUAAUAUAAGUUAUUAAUAAUAAUUUAUUUCCUAAAUAUCUAGAAAUUUCACUUGUCUUUGUGGCCCAAGGCUUACAAAUGCUUUUUUGCAUGAGGAGACUGACUAUAUGAUGUUUUCUAACUUUGUAUUUGUCUUUCUUCAUAUAAAAUCUGAUGAUAAAAUUA